GGCGUCUACGGUGACUGUGGAGAGGAAACGCAGUGCAUGAUCGAACGAUGGUCCAUCUUCGACUUCCGACGGCCAGCCACUCCGAUUCCGAAGCGCAUUCCGAUCCGCUGAGAGCAAUCCUACACGUCGGAGCCUGUCUUAUGUGCAGCUAUUGGUGAGGAACUGGCUUAACGUCUCGCCAAUCCAGCAUCUGAGAGCCAUACCAAAUCGAGAAGGUGAAAAUGCAAUGAGUCUUAGCAAAGGGCGAUUUCGACACAUUCGGACCACAUGACUCAUUGUUUGCCCUUUGCCUAGAACACGUACUACCUUCUCUAUCACCCCAAUCUCGCCCGUCAUUUUCUUUUACACUAAGAAUCUCUGUUAUUCGAAGAACCUCACAAUGGCAAAUCCCAGCCUCGUCGUCUCCCCGCUGGAGCCGGACGAAGCACCACAAUACAUGCGCAUCCGCCACGAAUCCUUCCGCCACGACAUAAACAAAAUCCUCUACUUCAACGGCGAGCCGUCCCAGAAAACGCUCGACCGCGUCACGCAAGACGUCCGCAACGGCAUCAGCAAGGGCAUCUUAUAUCUCAAAUGCGUCGACACAUCAACAGGUGAAAUGAUCGCCGGAGCGCGCUGGGAGUACAUCCGCCCCAAAGACCCUGAUGCUAAGGAGCGGACCCGGGAGGAAAUAGAACAAGAUUUAGGCCUCGGAAGCAUGUAUGAGGAGAGUCAUCCCGAGGUCUGGAAUACUUUCUUUAGCAUGCUGAAUGCGGCCAAGAGGGAGCAUCGGGGAACGAGGCCACAUUACGUGCUUCAAACGUUGGCCACGCUUCCGAAGCACCAUCGGAGGGGCGCUGGGAGGUUGUUGACGCAGUGGGGUUGUGAGAGGGCGGAUGAAGCGGGCGUGGAGGCAUUUCUUGAGGCGAGUAAGAUGGGGCAGUCUCUGUAUGAGAGGUUUGGCUUUGUACCAAUCAGAGAGAUUGCGAUUGAUUUGAAGAAGUGGGGCGGCCAGGAAGAGAUUAAGCUCAUGAUAAUGAGGAGGCCUGCUAAGCACGAGAGGGCUUUGGGUGCUUCGUGAGCAAAAGAUCAACACGCAAGUGGUGAGCACUUUACUUUCCAGGUAGAAAACGGCAAUCUGGUCGCGAGAACCUUCAAUUUCUCGCCUGGGAUUGCCCGUCAGCUAACACGUCUGAAAAG